AUGAUUUUUCGGGAUGAGUUGAAAUCUGUUCUUGAAAAGUCACGGAAGUAUGGCUGUAACAAGAAAUCCUCACCACAUCGACUCUCAUCUGAGCGCCAAACCCCAGUGCCAAAACCACCAAUCCCCACCCCCCUCACCACCCCCCCAGAAACCCAGGCAACCUCAUUCUUCUUCCACCACUUCGUCCCCUCCCGAUCCGCCUUCUCGUCCGGCAGCUUCGGGUACCUGGACACGCUGUUCCAGCAGGAGAAGAUGGAUGGCGCGGUCGCGGAUGCCAUUGCGGCGGUGGGAUACGUCGGGCUGUCGUAUUUCUGGAACGAUCCGGGACUGCUGGACGUGGCGACGCGGAAGCAUGGGGCUGCGCUGAGAGGGAUACGGGCGCGGAUUGGGGAUUGUGAGGGUGCGAGGAGGGAUCAGACGUUUGUGGGGGUGCGGAUUCUGGGAGCUUAUGAGACGAAUUCGUUGGCGAGUGAUGCGUCUAUGGAAGCGUGGAUGAAUCAUACGUUUGGUGCGUCGGCGCUGAUGAAGUUUCGUGGGGUGGAGAGGUUGGAGGAUCCGCUUGGGAGGGAGAUUUUCAUUCAGCAUCGUGCGCAGAUAGUAGCGAAUUGUCUCCAACGCAACGUCCCCGUCCCGCUAUACAUCAGCGAAUGGAACGCCGCCCUCGACGAACCACCUGUCGACGCAGCAGCGACGCAGGUCUGUCAGCUAUACGUCAAAUACAUCAAUCUCAUCUCCUCCGACGCAGUUACGAGUGCCGAACUCCACGCUCUCGACGCAGAAUGUGUGGUCUGGGAGCGAACCUGUCCGCCGGAAUUUAGAUAUCAAACGGUAACGUUAUCCCAGCCAUGUGAAGAGGUCUUUCAGAAUCACUACGACGUCUAUCCUACCCUCCUCAUCGCCGUCAUCUGGAACCACCACCGCACUCUUCGUCUCCUCAUCCACCGUCGCCUUCUCACCAUUCCAACCUCCACCAUCCCCUCCUGUCACCACACCCACACCCUCACCGCCGCAAUCUGCGCCUCCGUCCCCCCCUUCCUGCACUCCACCCCCGCCACCCCCCUCCGCACCUGCAACAUCACGAAUCUGCUCUGGCCGCUGUAUCACGCCGGGCUAGAAGAUGUGUCUGCCGAGCAGCAGGCCUGGAUCAGAGGGAGGAUGAGGUGGAUUGCGGAUGUGUUGGCUAGGAGACAGGGGACGCCGUUGGUGAGCCAUUUGAGGACGAAGGUUGGAGGGGGGUGUGGGCUUGAGAGGUGGGUGGGGGAGGUGGAGGGGGUGAGGUGGUGGGGGUGA